UUUCCGCCUGCUGCUCUUGUGUGUUUGCCCCUGUCUCCGUUGCUCUGCCUGUCUGGCUCUGAUCUGACUCCCACCGCUCAGCAUUAGCACCAGCACCAGCACAAGCACAAGCACAAGCACCAACACCAACACCAGCACCAACACCAACACCAGCACCAAGGUUUGACAAAUGGUUCUAUUCAAACGAAAACAGAUCACGUUUGUUCCGCCGCCAUUACUUCCGGCGGAUGCAACACCGUCCACACCCGUGUGGGUGAUUCCCGAAACGGGAGAAUGGUUUUUGAAAUACGAGGACUACCUUAACAGAAUGUCAUUUUACAAUGUCAAGAAGUUUGUCUGCGAAACCAGCGGGAACUCAAACUUUACAUUUUUCGAGGCGUUGAAGGUCGAACACAAUGAACUGUUUUCGAUGCAGUCGAACUUCCCGGAACCCGUGAAGGAGCCAAUUUUACGACACGUUUCGUUUUCCACGGUCCCUAGAAUAGACCUCUUGGUUGACCAAGUGUACACCAAGUUCAAGGACGACUUCUUCCCCGGAGAUAAGGUCAUCGUGAAGUACACGGGUGGGUACCGUGCCCACGGAAUUGUCAAGGAGAAGGUCGUGUUCAACUCCAGAAUGGACUCCAACGGAGUGAUCCAGUCGCCGUUUAUCUCGUACAGAAUCUUUCUCCCGGCAGACGAGAACGAGGUCGUCAUUGAAGAUGCUUCCCUUAUCUACCGUGAAAGAAACCGUUUUACAAAAUCGUACGUCAAGACUUUUUUGAAGAUGAGUUUGGUCAGAUCAAACAGGCUAGGAGCUCCAUGGGUUAUACGUGAUGAAAUCGCCAAAAAAUACAAAAUAUCCCUGGAAUGGCCUGCAGACAUGAAGAAAGUCGACUAUGUCAGCCAAAAUACAACCCAUAAUAGAACAAGCAUAUCCAUCUUAAACGACGACGACAAUGAAGACGAUUCACUAAAUGAUCUACAUAGACCAAAAUUUGUCCCCAUGGCUGGCCCACACUCAGCUCCAAAACAAGCCUCAAAGCAGAGGCAAAAGCAGAAGCAGAGUCCACACAUGAUGAUCGAAAAUGGUGAUGCAGCCCCGUUGUCUGCCGUCUCAACACAGGGCCUCAGCAAAUCACAAAUGGGCAUAUUCAACCAAAACGAAAACUCUCUGGAUUACGGAAUGAGGUCGAGUCGUGGCUUUUCCCAUACGGUUUUCGAGAACUUGAAGGAGACGCCUCCAGCAUACGAAGAUCUAUACGAUAAGUGGUGUGAACAGUGGUAUCAAAUUCUCAGGCGCACAACAGCUUAUUUUGAGGAUUUGAAGACAGAAGACCGUGCAAGAGAUAAAGUCAUCAAACUCUUCGAGUUUGCUGGAGUGAAAAUAGUGGAUACUUUUGAUCCAGAUAAUACUCAUUUUAUUGUGACUCAGCGUCCCUUCGUUUCCAAAGAAGCGUACCCCGAGUCUGAUCCUUUCUCGUAUGUUCAUAUGAAAAGGAUUAAAGUAUGGCAUUAUGAAAAAUGCCAGCGAUUUUUCAAGAGUAUAAGGAUAUCUAAUAGGAGAAUAGAUCAGCUUGCAAAGCAAAGGGCAAUACAAAAGGGAAUCGAAGUAAUUGACUACCUGUCGGGUAAUGGAAGCACUGAAAACAAUGGCAACAUUACCAAUCAAAACGAGGAUAGCUUCACCGUCAAUGAAGAAGAAGAUUCUCACACUAUGCAACCUUCAGCCCAAUCAAAGAGUUUCGUUAAUAUUGCCCCAGCUCCUACAAUCGAUGAUCACUCAAAUGGCAAAACUUCUGGUAAUGGUAAAGGAAAAGGCAGAGCAAAAGGAAAAGGUAGACAAAAGCCAAUUUCAGAUACAGCGUCUGCUAAGGAAAAUGAACCAGCCAAUUCGAAAAAAUCCAACUCGAAGACGGCAAAACCUGAUGAAAAGAAUAACAAGCCUGAAUCGAAAACGGAUGAUAGCAAGAGCAAAGCCGCUGAAACUAAAAUUGAAAAUGAACAAGCGGAUAAAAAAUCACACAAGCCAGUUAUUGUGGAUGAUCUGCUGUUACCAAUCAAAUAUGAUGUUUCCAAGCCCAAUUGGAAAGUUCUUUCAGGGUUAGAAAAUUUACAUUUCGAUUUUGAAAAUUGCCCAAUAACCACAUCGAAUGUUUUGGAAGUGUGGAUUUUCAUUAAUAUGUUCCAUGAAGCUUUUGUCAUCGAUACCUUCACCUUUGAUGAUUUCCUUUACGCUCUACAAUGGAAUGAUCCAAGUAAGAAAAGUCCGUUGUUGUUAGAAAUAUUUUGUGCAUUAUUAAGUUGUAUUAUAAGUAAAGAGGGUGAACUGCUGAUUACAUUGCCUGUUGAUAUCCAGUCAGAAAUUGAAGAAAAGGAGGCUGAGAUGAAAGAAAAAAAGUUGGCGAAAGAAAGAGAAAAGAAAGAGAAGGACAAGAAAAGCAUUAAAGUUGAAGAUGAUGAAGAUGAUGAAGUUGAAAAUGAAGAUGAAGAUGAAGAAAAUGAAAAUGAAAAUGAGGGCCAGAGCAAAGAAAAUGGUAAUGGUACUGGAGUUCAGGUGAAAGAAGAACGGAAAGAAAAUGCCGGUGCAGAAAAAUCUUUUGAAGUCAAAGAAGAGAGCGAAAAAGAUGAUGAUGAUGAUGAUGAUGAUGAUGAUAUAAACCAUAAUGCUUAUUCGAUUUUGGACUACAAGAAGCUGUCAUGGCGUGAACGUCUCCAGAAACGUCAUUUUAAGGAAGGACAGUGGCUCAUUAUACUAAUGGGUAUUUUCUCAAUAACUGAAUUCAUUCCAGAAUAUAAGAAUGAGAUCACAAAAACUUAUGAACUUCUAGCACCACUCGAUGAAGUACCAACGCCUGAAACAUUAAUGGCUAAUUUUUGCGAGAAAGUCAGUCCUGUUCGUAGAGUUUCAAUGUUGUCGAUACUUAUGGGGCUACUACUAGGUGGUGAGGUUGUUCGUGCCCACACUGAUUUUGUUGUUUCGAGGUCAGCUUCAUUGCGCCGCGAGAGAUUUGAAUUGCAAAAGGAAUUAAAACUCAAGGUGGAAAGUGCUCAUAUUGCGAAUAAAGAUGUCUUAGAUUCAUUGAGAACGAUCGACGUUCGUGAAAUCAAACAAAGAAUAGAAGAUCGUGAAUUGGAGGCUUUGACAACCGAAGAGGAAAAGGAAAAAUGGAUUGAAAUUAAGAACAGAGGUGGAAGACCAAUUCAAAAUACCUUACCUCCAGAGCCUAGUGCAUUGGAAAAAGCAGUUGCUGCUGGCCAUCCCGAGUUCUUAAAAUUGUUGAGUGCCCGUACCGAAAAGAUUUCUGAGGUUGAGUCCAUGAAGAAACAAAGACUUGAAAUUGAUAGGACACUUGUUGAGUUGAACUGUCAAAGAAUCAGAUACUUGGGCAGGGAUAAAGUAUGGAACAGGUACUGGUGGUUUGAAAAGAAUGGUUUGCCUAACCUUGGAGGAAACAAGGACGAUGAUGAUGAAAAUGACGAGAUCGAUCGUGAAGAGCGGGAUGACGCUGAUAAUGGUGAUGAUGAUGAGAGUGGUGAUCUUCGUAAAAAAGACGAUAACAGCGAAUACGACUCUGAGACAUACCUAAUGGGUCGGAUCUGGAUCCAGGGGCCCAGCGCCAUUGAUGUGCAUCAUUUGAGAGGUGGUGAUGGUACAGGAUUAAAGAGAAAGAUGAUUGAAGAAGGUGAAAAUAUUUUGAAAAAUGAGCGUGAUUGGGUUUUCAUUGACCAGGUUGAAGACUUUAACAAACUUGUAUCCUGGUUGAACGAUAAAGGGCUAAGGGAAAGAGCUUUGAAGAAGGAGCUGAAUGAAUGCAGGGAUCGCGUGAUUUCUAGCUUCAAAGCACGUCGGAAUUUCCUCAAAGGUGGUGAAUCUCAGAUCAAGCUCUCUAAUUACAUCAAAAAACUUGAAGAGGGCGCUGUGAAUGAGAAAGAGACAACAAAAGAAGAGACCGAGAAAGUUGAAGUUAUGGAAAUUGAUUCUGAAGAUGACAGGCCUGCUGAACUUGAUUUCGAGGACGAAGAAGCAGAAGAAGAAGAAGAAAACGGCGAAGACGAAAGAGCUGGAGAUAAGGAUCAGAAAGAUCACAAGAAAGAAGAGGAUGAGGUUUUGGCGAUUGAUGGUGACAGUGACAGUGACACUUCACGUGUCACUAGAUCCACGAGAAGUCUGAGAAACCGCAAGCCGCUCGUUGCUGAGGAAAAGCUACGGAGAUCCAAGCGUAAUGCUGCGGCCUCUCCAACCAGUGUCAAUACCAGGAGUAAAAGACGCCGUGUUAACACGAGUGACAGCUCCGAUGAUGUUAGCCUUGAUGGCUCUGUUGAUGCAGGUACUGGCAACGAUGACGAGAAUGACGAUUCCACUACCGUCGAACAGGAAUUCGACGAUGAGACGGAAACCUCAAAAUUCAAUGGUAAAACCCUUCAGAGCGAAGAGGGCUAUAUUGACCGGAUGGUGAGAUUACUACAACUUCCCGGCAGUGAUGAUCCGCCAGAACUCCGAACUAACCUACUAAUACGUGCCCGUGCCAAACUAGGCGAACUUGACGCCCUCAACCGUGAAGAAAACAUGAUUUUGUGGGUGAACAGCGCUGCCAUCGAGAAGAAUGGCUACACGCACUACGAAGGUCCUCGCAUAAUCAACAGCAGUCGUGCUAGCCGUGGAAACAAGAAGGGGCGUGCCAGUAAAAGUUCCCGUGGGAGCAGAGGUCGGGGUAGGGGCAGGCAGAGCCGUGUGUAGAAGAGAUGUAAUUGUUGUAUAAUUGAGUGUACAGUAUGUAAAUCAGAA